GGAAACGCCUCUCUCUCUCUCUCUCUCUUCCAUACUGUCCUCUGCAACUCCCACACCAUGCAUAGGUCUGUUGUAAUACCACACUCCCACUCUAUAUUUUUAAUUAAAGAAGAGCUAAACUUGUCACAGUCAGAAUCCAUUUCUUUUCUGCUGCAAAGUUCCAUUUGGUCUGUUCUUUGUUUUUCGUCUCUGUUUAUCUUGCCGGUUCUCCUCUACAAUAGCAGAUGAUCCCAAAUUCAAACCACUACCACCUACUGCAUUUAACCUCCUUUUACUCUUCUUGUUUUCCUGUUCAACCUUCCCAUUCCUUUUCCGCUUCCCUUGCCCCAAACCUGACUUCUUGUUCUCUGAGAGAGGCUUCCUUUUCCUCUUCCUCUUUAGGGCUCCAUCUUCAGCCUCUCCCUUGUGAAAUCAAAUCUCUGGACUAUUCAACAUAGAGGCUUUGAAGAUCCAAAGAUCUCGGAUUCUUUGAAAUUCGAGAGGGAUCAGAGUUAAGUUCUCAUUGAUAGCUGUGAGUCUAGAUGGUCCACAUGCUACUCCAAUUGCUGGGGGAGGCAUCCAAAUGUUCCUAGGUUCAGAAGGAGUACAAAAAGUUCCUACAGCCACCAUUUCAAGCAUUCCCAAAAUAAGUCCCUUGAAGAAAACAAGUAACAGAUUCCUCAUCAAUUCAUACCCCCUUUUUCGGUUAAAUAUCUUGGCUAUGCGCAACCCAAGGAGUCCUGUUUUUGCAGGCUGCCUGGCAUCUUCAGUUCUGAUGACUAUUCUUUCUGUUCUUGUUGGUUGGGCAGCUCCAAGCCUGAUUUCGCGUAAAUGGGCACAUCACACAACCACCUUACUGUUUUUCAUAUUUGGGCUUUGGUCUUUAUGGGAAGGAUUCACUGAAGAUGGGGAUGAAGAUGAGUUAGAGGAGGUUGAAGAAAAAUUAGCUGCUCAGAAUGCUAACUUAAGGGGCAAUGGAGGAAAAGCAAAAGGCAGUAGCAAGGCAGAUGACGAUUCCAAAAAGCAGAGAAAACCAUUUCUCACACACUUCUUCUCACCCAUAUUUCUAAAGGCAUUUUCCCUUACAUUCUUUGGCGAAUGGGGUGACAAGAGCCAGCUUGCUACAAUCAGUUUGGCAGCGGAUGAAAACCCAACAGGCGUAGUUCUUGGUGGGAUCAUAGGGCAAGCAUUGUGCUGUAUUGUAGCUGUCAUUGGAGGAAAGAGUUUGGCAUCUCGGAUAUCUGAGAAAGUGGUUGCAACUGUAACUGGAAUUCUAUUCCUAGUCUUUGGUGCCCAAUCCUUCAUAUCAACUGUUUGAGACAUGAGAGUUGGAAUCUCACUUAUGUGACUGUUCAUGUUGAGGAAGGCAGGAAGAAGCCAAUAUUCGUUCUCCAAAUAUGAUCCCUCCCCCAAAUUGAGAGUGUUUUGAGAGAGAGAGAGAGAGAGAGAGAGAGAGAGAGAGUUUUAGAUUCUUACUUUUAGUUGCAGACAAAGUUGAGGGUGUGAAACCCCUUUUCCUUAGGUUCCAGAUGCAUGCCAUUAUGAUUAUUAUUGUAGUAAAAUAGAAUUACUCGUAUUUAAUGGGAAUUUUUGAACUCUUUUGUGGUUGUAAACUUCACAUGAGGUACAAUCAAUUAUUGGUUUUUGGCGAGAA